GCACUGGGCUUCUGCUCAAGGUUACAGAAGUCGGGCUGCAUUAGUUCUUUCUUGGCCCCUGUUUGGAACCAACUCCAUUGCCAUCCAGGUGCUUAAUAAUCAUACACUUGGUGUCCUAUCGACUUCUGAGGGCGAACCGGAAGCCCCGAGGGACUGGGAGUCAUCACUCUCCCAUGUUCCUUACUGAUGCUCCCAAAGUGGGAUCCCUAGAACUUGGGAGUCCAGCAUGGUUCUUGGCACAUAAUAGGCACUCCAAUAAUGUUUGGACCCCAAAGGAGACCCUAAGGAGCAAAACAGGAUGACCUGAUCGCCCCUCUCCUAGACUUCCCUCCCUCUGAGAAAUGCCCAGAAGCUUCUCGGGGAAGCAUUUGCUAGCCUGGACAUCACAGGCACUCAGGGGGCAGCUCUGGCCCCUGCCUCCUGUCAUCAGCAUAAUGCAUCCAUAUCUACAAUAUGGCGAAUUUCAUAUCGCCCCACCCUCUUCCCUGCAUUAUUGAUGGGUGAUGCACUUAAAAAAAAAAUCAAUUAGAUCAGGGCGUGGAGCUGGAGUUAAAAGAGAAAAGAAGCCUUUAAAAGUCUGCACUUCUUUCUGCUGUUUUGAAUAGGAACGGAUAAAGCUUCCCCUCUGGUUUGAAUAAGUCAAGCCCAGGGCUAGGUUGGCGGUGAUUGGCCAGGACUGGGAAAAUGAGGUUAAGAUGCAAACACAAGCAAAUAUAAGGCAGUGGUCUGUGCAGCCAUUACUAGGCUAAGGCAGCGGAACCUGGCACCUUCUGCUUUGGGUUGGUUCCCCGGAACUGCUGCUACUUUCUCGCCAGAAAACCAGGAAGACCGGUGGGGGAGAAGGCAAGCCUUGCGAAGACCAGCACCAUGUCUCUGAGCGGCGCCUUCAGGGCCGUGGGCAACGAGCCUGGGAUCAUCACCUGGCGGAUCGAGAAACUGGAGCUGGCGCUGGUGCCCCUGAGUGCCCAUGGCAACUUCUAUGAGGGGGACUGCUACGUCAUCCUCUCGACACGAAGAGUGGGCAGCCUCCUCUCCCAGGACAUCCACUUCUGGAUCGGGAAGGACUCCUCCCAGGAUGAGCAGAGCUGCGCGGCCAUCUACACUACACAGCUGGACGACUACCUGGGAGGCAGCCCUGUGCAGCACCGAGAGGUCCAGUACCAUGAGUCUGACACCUUCCACGGCUACUUCAAGCAGGGCAUCGUCUACAAGAAGGGGGGUGUGGCCUCCGGGAUGAAGCAUGUGGAGACCAACACCUAUGACGUGAAGCGGCUGCUACACGUGAAGGGGAAAAGAAACAUCAGGGCCACCGAGGUGGAAAUGAGCUGGGACAGUUUUAACCAAGGUGAUGUCUUCUUGCUGGACCUUGGGAAGGUCAUCAUCCAAUGGAAUGGCCCAGAGAGCAACAGCGGAGAGCGCCUGAAGGCUAUGCUUCUGGCAAAGGAUAUUCGGGACAGAGAGCGAGGGGGCCGUGCUGAAAUAGGUGUGAUCGAGGGAGACAAGGAGGCAGCGAGUCCGGAGCUGAUGAAGGUCCUUCAGGACACCCUCGGCCAACGCUCCAUUAUCAAGCCUGCAGUCCCCGAUGAGAUCAUAGAUCAGCAGCAGAAAUCAAACAUCAUGUUGUAUCAUGUCUCAGACUCAGCUGGGCAGCUGGCGGUCACAGAGGUAGCAACAAGACCACUGGUCCAGGACUUACUGAACCAUGAUGACUGCUACAUCUUAGACCAAAGUGGGACCAAGAUCUACGUGUGGAAAGGAAGAGGGGCCACAAAGAUUGAGAAACAGACAGCCAUGUCUAAAGCCCUGAGCUUCAUCCAGAUGAAGGGCUACCCCAGCAGCACCAACGUGGAGACCGUCAACGACGGUGCCGAGUCGGCCAUGUUUAAGCAGUUGUUCCAGAAGUGGUCAGUGAAGGACCAGACCACCGGCCUGGGGAAAACAUUUGGCAUUGGCAAAAUCGCUAAAGUUUUCCAGGAGAAAUUUGAUGUGACCCUGCUGCAUGCCAAGCCAGAGGUGGCUGCCCAGGAAAGAAUGGUCGAUGAUGGCAAUGGAAAAGUUGAGGUCUGGAGAAUUGAAAACCUGGAGCUGGUCCCUGUGGAGCAUCAGUGGUAUGGCUUCUUUUAUGGGGGAGACUGCUAUCUGGUCCUCUACACGUACGAGGUGAAUGGGAAGCCACAUUACGUCUUGUACAUCUGGCAGGGCCGCCACGCCUCAAAGGAUGAGCUGGCAGCCUCGGCAUACCAGGCCGUGGAGGUGGAUCAGGAGUUUGCUGGGGCCCCUGUGCAGGUUCGAGUUACCAUGGGGAAGGAGCCACGCCACUUCAUGGCCAUCUUCAAAGGGAAGCUUGUUAUCUUUGAGGGUGGGACUUCCAGAAAGGGAAACGCUGAGCCCGACCCUCCAGUGAGGCUCUUCCGGAUUCAAGGAAAUGACAAAUCCAACACCAAAGCGGUGGAGGUUCCAGCCUUGGCCUCCUCCCUAAACUCCAAUGAUGUCUUUCUGCUGCGGGCCCAAGCAGAACACUACCUGUGGUACGGCAAGGGGUCUAGUGGGGAUGAGCGGGCAAUGGCCAAGGAGCUGGCCGGCCUUCUCUGCGAGGGCACCGAGGACACUGUGGCCGAGGGCCAGGAGCCGGCUGAGUUCUGGGACCUGCUGGGAGGCAAGACUGCCUACGCCAAUGACAAAAGACUACAGCAGGAAAUCCUAGAUGCGCAGCCCCGUCUCUUUGAAUGUUCCAAUAAGACAGGGCGGUUCGUUGUCACUGAGAUCACAGACUUCACCCAGGAUGACCUGAACCCAGGUGAUGUGAUGCUCCUGGAUACCUGGGACCAGGUAUUCUUGUGGAUCGGGGCUGAGGCCAAUGCCACAGAGAGGGAGAGAGCCCUCACGACGGCCGCGGAGUACCUGCACACUCACCCCAGUGGCCGAGACGCUGACACACCGAUCCUGAUCAUUAAACAGGGGUUUGAGCCUCCCACCUUCACAGGAUGGUUCUUGGCCUGGGACUCGCAUAUGUGGAGUGCAGGGAAAUCGUAUGAACAGUUAAAAGAAGAGCUGGGAGACACUGCUGCUAUCACAAGAAUCACCGCGGACAUGAGGAAUGCAACCCUCUCCCUGAAUUCUGAGCCAAAAUAUUACCCUAUAGAAGUUCUGUUGAAAAAUCAAAAUCAGGAGCUGCCCGAGGAUGUGAACCCUGCCAAAAAGGAGAAUUACCUCUCUGAACAGGACUUUAUUUCUGUGUUUGGCAUCACAAGAGGGCAAUUUGCUGCUCUGCCUGGCUGGAAGCAGCUCCAAAUGAAGAAAGAAAAGGGGCUUUUCUAAGGCAAGAAGCUAUAUGCCUACUGCAAGACCACAGAAGAGAGCAGAGCGUGCCAAUAUCAGGAAAAGAAUUUACCUGCCAAUUUUUGCCUGAUAGCCAGCUCCUUAAGUCAGAUGCAAAUCACAGCAUGUUCUCCAUUUUUCUCAUCCCUGCAUUCCUUGUUACAUACCUAAAAUGUUAAAUACUCAGUUUUCGAUUUUUGUGGCCUUCGGGCGUCCCAGCAGAAAGCACUAAACCUGCAUCAUGAAUCCACUGAAGUCAAAGUAAGAGGAAAAAAAAAACGAAGUUUAAAGCGUUUAAUAAUGGGGCAAGGACGCACAUUGGUUUUAAAUGUUAAGAUCAGGGGGCACCUGGGUGGCUCAGACGGUUAAGCGUCAGAUUCUUGGUUUCAGCUCAGGUCAUGAUCUCAUAGUUCGUGAGCUGGAGCCCAAAGUCCGGCUCUGUGCUGACAGCGUGGAGCCUGCUUAGAAUUCUCUCUCUCCCUGUCUGCCCCUCCCUCCCUCGCUUGUGCGUGCUCUAAUAAGUAAACUUUAAAAUAAAUAAAUUUUAAGAUCCGUAUUUCCGAAAUCAGUUUAACCCACCAAUCACCGAAGUUAUUUGCAUAUAUACCCCAAGUCAAAAUCCAAAUGCCCAGAUCUGUAUGUGCCAGAGAUUUUUAACUUUUCAAGUAAAGAUAUCUGUAUGAGAAAAUAGUUCUUUUCAGUAUUUGGGGUUUGCCUCUUACGGUGAUUAUUUUGUUAUGUUGGGAGAAAUGUCUCCACUCUCGGGUAUAAAGAGGCACUGCUGAGUGAGUUCUCGGGAUAACUGGACCACUGUACGUCCUGUUUCUGGCACAAGAAUGCCAAAAUCUGCCUUCCAGCUGUCCAGGAAACCUCCGUCCCCACCCAUCUACACUCCCAUUAUCCAAAAGACAAAUAGAGCCAUGUGGUACUGAUUUUAGUAAUGAGGCCAGCCCAGCAUGUAUACCACUGCAGAGAGCCUUCAAAGCACGCUACAGACAUCAACAAAAUGAACCACAUUUUCCAGACAACUACAAGUCUGAGUCAACAAUUCCCCAGGAAUCCAUGUGGCAGAAGUAAUGUAACUGGGGAAGUUCCAGGAUAGAAGCACAGUCUAAAGCAGAACAAGAGUCCCAGGUCACAGAAGCAGUAGGAUAAACGGAGUCAGACAUUUUAGGGAUAACGCUGGGGGAAGCAGCAGCAUGACUACACCUGCCUGUCCCCGCAGAUGCUGUCGGUCACCUCAAUAAAGCCCACCUGUUGUUUUCUACAACUUCCCACAAGUAAGGACAGAAAAGCUAAAGUCAGCAUUAUGCAAACAAGGAAAAGAUUCUACUCUUAUUAUGUAAUUUUAUUUAAUAACUUUACCCUUUGAGUAUAUCGCUUCAUUAUAAAUGCAAAUGAAAAACAAAUUCUGGGUUUGAAGACGCUCAGGAAAUAACUUCUCUUCAUAACGAUGUCUGGAGCUAAGAAUAAGCAUUUCCUCCCAGGCCAAGUCUCUGGAACCUAUUCAGCUUCUGCUGCCUCUUCACCUUCUCCACAUUCAAACCGCACAAAGUCUACUACAGACACCCCUUGAGGCUGCACAUACUGUCCCAAUGUGAUGGAGGGAUCCAGCAAGUAUGGCUGAGACAACAUCUUGGUUUCCGCCUCUCCCCCAGGCUCAUCAUCCAAAGAGCCGACAGAGAGAGGGGCCAUGCCCACCACAUGCUGCCCAAGGCGGCGGCCAAGGUCUUCGAGGUUUGCUCUCCGCUCAGAUGUCUCGCAGAUGACCAGGGCCCCGUACUUCCCCAGCACCAGGUUGUGGGGCGAGGGGCUGUGCAUUGCUCCGUGGACAUAAGAGCCAACAUAGAACCCAGCUGGCACCUUCACCCAUGCAGCUCGUUUAAGGGUCAUGUUUUCUCCCAGUUUCCCUAUAAGAAAGCAAAAGCAGAUAACACACUUCCAGGAGAUAAUGACUGUGGUCGUACCAAAAUAUGCAUAGAGAUGGUCAAGUCUGGAAGACAGUCCUCUGCACGCAUACUGUGGAAAUGCUUUAAGAUGGAAAGAUACCAUCUGCAGUUGAAAGAGGAAAAGGUGUGUAGGCGGGUGGGGGUGGGAGAAAUAGAGAACACCUUUAUGGAGCACCAACUAUGUGCCACCCUGGGAUUUAAAAACACAGGCUAGGGUGUCACACAGUUCUGCCUCUUACCGGCUAUAUGACCUUAGGCAACCCACUUAAGGACAUAACCCCAUUUACUAAUUUAUCAAGCCUUGGUUUCCUCCUCUGUAAGAUGGAGAGGACACUGCUUAAGAUAACCGGAAAGCAAGGUUCUUAGGAGAAAUACACAAAGUAACAUAUGUAAAAGCACAUAACUACAGUAUCUAGCACGCAGAGACACUCAAAUGCAGGCUAUUGUUACUACCUUAAACUUAGGCUUAGAGACCUCAAGCUACCCGCCCAAGGUCACACAGCAGAGCUGGAAGUAAAACCCACAUCUCAGUCCAAAGCAAGUAAGAGUUUUCUUCCUCCCCAAAUUACCAUCCCUUCCGAAAAUCACCGUUAACUGACACAGACAACUCUUCGUCAUCGUCCACUGUAUCAGGAAAAAGUCCACAACUCUAAAAGCCCCAGAAAAUCCAAAACCCCAAGUCAUCAGAUAGUUUCAACUUCCUCCCAUCAGAAACAAAAAGGCAACAUUUUCAGAGUUGUUUUUAAGAACCAAAAAUGGGGCAUCCGGAUUGUUCAGUUGGUUAAGCAUCCAACUCCUGGUUUCAGCUCAGGUCAUGGUUUCACAGUUUGUGAGUUUGAGCCCCACGUCAGGCUCUGUGCUGGCAGCAUGGAGCCUGCUUGGGAUUCUCUUUCUCCCUCUCUCUCUUUCUGCCCCUCCCCCACGCCCAUCUCUCUCAAAGUGAAAAAAGAACUUUUAAAAAACUUAUUAACAAACAAAAAAAACAAACAAACAUGAUUCCAGUUUUCCCUGUCUCUAACAGAAAUUGAAAUAAGCUAAAAGGUAGGAAGGAGCAGAAGACCCCAAAAGGGAUCUGGGUAUAUAUCCCUGCAUUAGCCAUAGUUCUAUCUAAGAGUCUUCAAGGGGGGAGUAUCCAGAAAUCAAUCUUAAAACUACUUAAAACUACUCAAAGCAUCUCAGAGCGCCUGGGUGGCUCGGUUGGUUAAGUGUCCAACUUCGGCUCAGGUCAUGAUCUCAUGGUUGUGAGUUCGAGCCCCACAUCUGUGCUGACAGCUCAGAGCCUGGAGCCUGCUUCAGAUUCUGUGUCUCCCUCUCUCUGUCCCAGCCCUGCUCAUGCUCUCUCUCAAAAAUAAACAUUAAAAAAAAAAAAAAAA